UGAUCGUAGCUCUAACCUUCGUUCACGUACCUUACUCAUAUCAAAUACCUCUAUCGGAAUCCCAGUUAUGAAAUGGUCUUCGUUCAGAUCAUAGUCUGCCGAUCUCUUUACUUUCGAAUAUUAUGAGAGGCUGAGAGCCUAGUGGAUUUCUCCAAAGUUGUGGAUAAGGAAGCUUUAGGAGGUUUGGUUUAUCCAUUAACAAGUAGCACAAGUGCGUGUGUAAUCAAUUGAUAAGUAAAUGCAUGGAUGGGAGAGAUGCCAUGGCGUUACCUGGGUCUUCAUCGUAUUAUAAUAUGCUGCAGCAGCAGAGAGGAGUAGCAGGGUCAGGACCUGGAGCUCAGACUGGGUUGCAUGGACCGCCUGGUUUUCGUCCAUUGUCUAGUCCAACCAUGCCGAUGCAAUCAAAUAUUGGUGGCAGUUCUGCUGGAUCGACAUUUCAAGUAGAGCCUUCGUCGGCCAUUUCACCUCAUAGCGGUAACGUGAGUGUUUCAGGUCCAACUGGGGUUUCGCAAGGAGAGCCUGUUCGGAGGAAAAGGGGUAGACCUCGGAAGUACGGCACUGAUGGCACCGUAUCAUUGGCGUUAUCUCCCUUGUCCUCCUCUGCUCCUCCAGCCUCUUCAACCGCACCAUCUCAGAAGCGGGGUAGAGGGCGGCCUCCGGGGACUGGCAGGAAGCAACAAUUAGCUUCUCUUGGUGAAUGGCUCUCUGGUUCUGCUGGAAUGGGUUUUACUCCACAUAUCAUCACAAUUUCAGUAGGGGAGGACAUUGCUACAAAAAUAAUGUCAUUUUCACAACAAGGGCCAAGGGCUGUAUGCAUUCUUUCAGCCAAUGGCACUGUGUCUACGGUGACACUUCGUCAACCUUCAACUUCUGGAGGGACUGUCACAUAUGAGGGUCGUUUCGAGAUAUUAUGUUUAUCAGGAUCUUAUAUGCUCACUGACAAUGGGGGAUCCCGCAGCCGAACUGGUGGUCUUAGUAUCUCCCUUUCCAGUCCUGAUGGCCGUGUUAUUGGUGGUGGAGUUGGAGGAAUGCUUAUCGCAGCAAGCCCAGUUCAGGUGAUAGUGGGUAGUUUUGUCUACGGCGGUUCAAAAUCGAAGAACAAGACAGGAGCAGGUGCACAGUCGGAGCCAGAUUCUGAUCUACAAACCGGUGAUAAAUCGGGUGCCCCUUCCAAUCAAACUCUGACCCCUACUUCGAUGAGUGGGUGGCCAGGAUCUCGGCCGGUGGAUAUGAGGAAUUCCCACAUCGACAUUGACUUGACACGUGGAUGACAAUUUCAGCAGUUUAUGUGGCACAUUUUGUACAUGUCAUCAAGUAGUGUGGCAAUUAGAAAGGACAUGGUGGCCUAAGAAAUUUCCCUCUUUUGUUCACCAAUGGAUAAUGUGGUUUGUACUAACAUAUUUUUGUAGCAUGGGUCAAGCAUUCUGAGGCCCCUCAAAACGAUGGUAGAUUAGUGAAAUUUAGUUAGGUUCUUCUUGCUUGAGAUCUUGUAUU